CAGUAGCAAAAGACAAACAAUUUAACAUCUUGUAGCAAACCCUCAAACCCCCCUCCCUCCCCUUUCGGCCAGAGCUACAAUUAUUCAGAUCCGAAGAUGGUGCAGCGCCUCACUUACCGGAAACGCCACAGCUAUGCCACCAAAUCCAAUCAGCACCGGGUCGUUAAAACCCCCGGUGGAAAGUUGGUUUACCAGACCACAAAGAAGAGAGCCAGUGGUCCCAAGUGCCCUGUUACUGGCAAGAGAAUUCAAGGGAUUCCUCACUUGAGGCCGGCUGAAUACAAAAGGUCUAGGCUAUCAAGGAACAGGAGGACCGUUAACCGUGCCUAUGGUGGUGUGCUGUCCGCUGGUGCUGUGCGUGAGAGGAUCAUCCGAGCUUUCUUGGUAGAAGAGCAAAAGAUUGUGAAGAAGGUUCUGAAGCUUCAAAAGACGAAAGAAAAGCAAGGUGGAAAGAGUUAAGUGAGGUUUGCAAUUAGUAAUGUGAUUGAAAGAAAUUUUGGCUUCAACACCAAAUAUUAUAAGAUGUCAACUUAUUGAUUCUUGUGAGAGAUAUUGAUCUUUUUUAAGUUUUAAUGAGUUUGUUUCAUUUGAAUUUUACGCUUACUGGGUCGGAUUGUGAUCUUAUCAGUGU